AUGUCAUCAACUCCAGAUAAUCUCCCUCUUGCACCUAUACUUACUGAUUCUGAAAUCGCUGCUCUAUCUCAAUUACUGUACGAGAGCACUCCUCAAUAUGACAUUUCGUUACAACAUCUUGAUGACCCGAGCUCCCUUGAUGACAAUAAUGGUGAGGGGUCAUCUCAUCAAGGAUUCGCUGGUGGGUGCGAUGCGUUGAGUUACGAAAGACCACCCAACAUUCUUAAUGCAUUCGCCUUUGUCUGUGCUAAGUUCGAGAGCUCGGCUCAGUAUAUGGCCUUGUCAGCAUCUAUGGGACAAAAUGUUCAUGUCUACAUUGCACAGAAUUGGGCAAAGCCAGAUAAGGACGUAAAGAUCCAUCUCAAAAGUUUGUGGACGCAUAUGCAGUGCAUUGCAUAUGUGAGACACUAUAUUCGCUGUGAGAACGUAUCAGAGCGUCGUGGCUGGGCUGCCAUUGAGGUUAAGGAAGCACCUUCGGGGUGA